AUGAGUUGGAGAAGUAAGAAUGAAGAUAGGCUUAGCUCUUUGCCUGAAGAGAUUCUUUCACAUAUACUCUCUUUAAUGCCUACAAGUUUUGCUGUGCGAACAAGCAUUUUAUCCAAAAGAUGGAAACACUGUUGGAGGAUGAUCACAAACCUUGACUUGAACGAUUAUUACCUUGUCUAUAAUUUAAAAUGCUUCUCAAAAUAUGUGGAUCGUGUAUUGGAGCAUUGCAAAGCAUCACAACUUAAAUCAUUCAAGUUAGGUCUUUUUCGUACUUCAGUGCAAAAGUCAGAUGUUGCAAAGUGGAUUAACGAGGCAAUUAGGUUAAAUGUUUGUGAGCUUGACAUACAUUUGCCCAAGUUUCCCAAUUUGAAGCAUUUGGAAUUGAAGGGUUCUUUCAAAUCUCCAUGGAUCUUAGUUACUCAAAUUCUUGAAAGCUCUCCUGAGUUGGAGCAUUUAUGUUUUGAGGAACUGGAAGAUAAUAGCUGGAUUGAGCCUGAGUCAGUUCCCACUUGUAUGGUUUCGAACCUUAGAACCAUGAAAAUUACAAAGUGCAAGGGGCGAAAGUGUGAUAUACAGUUCCUUGAAUACAUAUUGGGGAAUUCAGAGGUUUUGAAGACAAUAACAAUCAUAUGUGGAAGUAUGCGCAUGAAGGAUGAAAUGGAAAUGUAUGCACGCUUAUUAAAGUUUCCAAGAGCUUCUAGGUUUUGUGGGAUUCAUUUUGUUGGGAAAUGGCUUAGUUCUAUAGGUAAAUAG